AUGGAUAUGAUGAUGAGAAAAAGAAUGAUUGAAUAUGAUCCAGCAGCAAAGUUGGACGUAAUCGCGAAAGUAGGUGACCCCUGACUGAAAUUGAAAAUCAAUAAGGUACGGGCGGCAGAAGGCUGACGAGUCUGCGAUGUACGAAUACGCGCGAUAUAGGCCACCUUGGCUCGCCAGCGGUUUUAAGGUUAUGUCUCCCGCUUCCCAACGACGGCCGGCCUCUGUGUGUGCUAUUUUCGUUGCGGUGAAAAGCGGUGUUUAUUCUUGCCGAACGUAGGCGCGCGUUACGCAUUAUAAUGCAUCUGAAUGCGAAGGCGAGCCACGAGAGCGCCGUGAGAUAGUAGACAAAAAUGGGCAGGAAGAAGGCUCAUGCAUCGUCCAAAGGUAAACAACACGGCACAACGCAACAGAAGCACGUAUCCGCGGCGAAGAGAAACGAGCUCAAUGCCCUGUGCGAGAAACUCUUUCAUCUAAGCAGUAAUCUAGCAUACGUGACACAAUUAUGGAACAACUACUUGGAUAUAUCGGAAGUUCUGCUGAAGGUUAGACGUCUGGAGGAAAUGAAGACGGAAUCAUCCGAACGAUCCCAGGGGAUUGGCCAUUUCAUGAACUGGCUCACGGAGAACGGAGCACGUGUGGAUGGUGUGAGCAUUGCUGAGUUCCCAGGUUAUGAUUUGGGACUCAAGGCAGAAGCUGACUUUACGGAGAACCAACUUAUCUUAGAGAUACCAAGAGCACUUAUCUUCAGCACAUACAAUGCUGCUCCAGAGUUGGUCAUUCUGCAGAAUGACCCAUUGGUGCAGCAUAUGCCACAGGUGGCAUUAGCAAUAGCACUCCUUAUAGAGAGGCAUAAGGAGAACUCCAAGUGGAAACCUUACUUGGACAUGCUUCCCACCAGUUACACUACAGUUUUAUAUAUGAAGGCUACUGACAUGAUCGAACUUAAAGGCAGCCCUACACUAGAGGCUGCGUUGAAACAAUGCCGGAACAUCGCGAGGCAAUAUUCUUACUUCAGCAGAGUGUUUCAAACCAACAACAAUGCCGUUUCUGCGGUACUCAGGGAUGUCUUCACUUACGAGAGAUAUUGUUGGGCAGUUUCCACAGUGAUGACGAGGCAGAACCUGGUGCCGAGUCCGGACGGUUCGCGCAUGAUCCACGCUUUAAUCCCGAUGUGGGAUAUGUGCAACCAUGAGAAUGGCAGGAUCACAACAGACUUCAAUGCAACCUCGGAUCGCUGCGAGUGCUAUGCCCUGAGAAACUUCCAGAAGGGCGAGCAAAUAUUCAUUAGCUAUGGCCCGAGGACGAAUUCCGAUUUCUUCGUGCACUCGGGUUUCGUCUACAUGGAUAACGAACAGGAUGGUUUCAAGCUUCGUCUUGGUAUUAGCAAAGCGGAUUCCCUGCAGAAGGAGCGAACGGAACUCUUGGGCAAACUGGAUUUACCAUCAGUGGGGGAGUUCUUGCUGAAACCGGGCACGGAGCCUAUCUCUGAUAUGCUGCUGGCCUUCUUGCGAGUGUUCAGCAUGCGCAAAGCUGAGCUGGCGCAUUGGCUGCGCUCAGACAAGGUAUUCGACCUGAAGCACAUGGACUGCGCGUUGGAGACUGUCGUCGAGGAGAAUGUCAGGAAAUUUCUGCUGACCAGGCUGCAACUACUGAUCGCUAAUUACCCGACCACGCUGAAGGAGGAUCUGGAGCUAUUGGAGACCACGUUGCCGCAGGUGAAGAAGAUGACCGUUCAAUUGAGGGUCACGGAGAAGAAGAUUCUUCUGGGCGCCCUCGAAUACGUGGAGCAGUGGAUUAAAGCCUGAGGAGGUGAUUUGCAGCUACGUUUCGGCGAGGGGUCAAGCGUAUAUACAUCAUCCUACUGACUGAAAAGGAAUCUCCAGAGAAAAACCAAUUUUAUUUUUACAAUAUCCUCUGAAAGACGAUUUCGAGUAUAAAAGUAAAUAUAGAAGCGGACGAAUUAUACAAUAAAGCGUAUAUAUAUCUAUUGCCUACUAAAUACGCAACUCUCUAUGCUCGACAUGCGCGCAUAUGAGUUAGAAAAUAACAACAUCUUCCUUAUACAAUGGGUUCCAUGGCUAUUGGCUGAAUCAUCGGUUAGGUACUACAAUCGGUCGAGACGCAUUAUCGAGGGAGGGAGGGAGGGAGGGAGGG